AUGAAUCACAGAAGGAUUAAGAGUAUCUCCACACCAUUCUUCGUGACUAAUUUCCCUCCAGAAGCAAACGUCAAGACCUUAUGGGAGGCAUGUAAUAAGGUUGGGCUGGUGGUUGAUGUUUAUGUUGCUAGGAAACUAUCAAAGCUUGGUAAGCAAUUCACACUUGUUCGAUUUAUUAAAGUUAAAUAUGAUCUAUUGUUGGAACGAAAACUUAGAGAGAUUUGGAUGGGAUCGUAUCAUUUAUUUUCUUAUGUGGCUCGGUUUAAUCGAGAUGUUAGUAACAAGGGAGUAUCAAAUAAAAAGGAGAAGAUUGCUUCUCACAAUUCUGUUGAGCAGGUGAAGAAGAUGAAUGUGCAUGUUGUUGCACAUUCUAGUUCCUAUGCAAAUGUCUUAAAAGGUCAGGGGGCUGUGAAACUUAACAAAGGCUUGGUUCCUGAAUGUACUUUACAGGGACAUGAGAUCGAUAACCCAUUGUCAUCGAUAGUAUCGGUUUUUGGCAAGCUACGGGAUAUUAAAUUGAUCCCGAAGUUGGGUAUUCUCUUGAAAGAAGAAGGUUUUCCGAAAAUUGUCAUUAAGUAUGUUGCUAGUGAUUGGGUCUAUAUUUCUUUUGUAUCGGAAGCUGCCUAUACAAUGGUUUAA